UGUAGCCAACAUGCCGUCCCGACCGAACCAGCCCGGUUUGGUGAUAAAGCGGCAUAACAUUCGAAUAUGGUGUCACGAAUGCGAUAUGGGGCGCUUACAGCGCGUGGUGUGGGAGGGGCAGGGCUCCAGACUGCUAAGCGAGGUCUCCAGCCAGCCUAUUGUAAAGAAAUUCUUGGAAGCCGUACCUUACAUGAUGAACACAAUUCGAGAUAUACAUAAUGCAGUUAUUCAAAACAAUUUGGAAGGCCUUAUUAAACUUACGAAUGACCCGGUUCCUCCACAAAUUCUAUCAAGCAGAGAUUCAAAUAACAUGACUGUAUGUCACAAAGCGGCAGGGUUAGGACAUGGGGGAAUUUUAAAAUAUCUUAUAGAAAGGUAUCCUCAAGGUAUAAAUGAAAUAGAUAACGACGGCCGAACACCACUACAUUAUGCGGCAAUAGUUAAGGAUGAUCAGCAUACAUUUAAAACCCUAAGUAGCUUUGGAGCAGAUGAAGGGGCGUUGGAUAAUAAAAAUAAGACGCCCGCUUACUACAUCAACAGACCCCAAGAAAUUGACAAGAAUCACCUAAAAAUUUUGCCUGACGCUCCCAGAACACCGUCUAGUUCAUAUCCACCUUCAUGGGAUUGGAAAAUAUUAAAUACUGAUUAUACAUCUGAAUUAAAUAAAAAACCAAGAAGAAAAAAUUUUAAAGCAUCAACGGAGAAUAUUUCAUCAAAAACAAUAUCUAAUACAAUAUCUGAAAGUAUAGAUAAUAACACAAGUGCCAUGAAAAAUAGUAGUACUCAUGAAUUGAUUAGUAGUUUACCUGAACUAAAUGACAGUAAUGAAAAGGAACCAAUUAUUGAAGAAAAUCCGAACGACUCAAAUGAAAUAACGCAAAAUAAAGAAACAGAUAUUCAGGAAAAUAUUGAGGAAAAAAACAUCUCUAAACUACAAGAGCAUAAUGAAGACGACAAAAAUGAUGCUGUUGAGGAAAACCAUUCAAAAGAUAAGGAUAAUGUAGAGGAGGAAGAGGAAGCUAUUGAAUCUGAUAACGUUCCAGAUAAAGAAAUAUCUAGUGAUCAUAAUAAAGCAUCAGAAAAUAACGAAGAUUCUGCGAAUAAUGGAGAAACAGAAGCAAAGACGGAAGUAGAUGAAACUGAAAAUGACACUGAGUAUGAUCAGGCACCUGAAAGUGAACAAAUUAAUGAAAAUGUAGACAAAACAACAUCCAUUGAAUCUAAAGAAGAGCCUGAAUCUACAACUGAAGAUCAAAUAAAUAAAAAUAACUUUGAAGAAAACUUGAACGAUACAAAUGACAGCGUAGAUGAUAAAAAUUACGAUAGUCUGAACCCAGAAGAACAAGUCAAUACAAAUCAAGAUAACGAAGCUACCACAGAAAAUCAAAUAAAUACAAAUGAUAAUGACAACAAUGAUCAACAUGAUGUGAAUCGAGUAGAAAAUAAUCAUCAGAAUUCAGAAACAGGUGAUCCUAUGAAUAAUAACUAUCAUUCAAAUACUCAUAAUACAAACGAUGACGCUAAUGAUUCAAAAUCAAUUGAAUCUAAAGAACACGAAGAUAGCGAUAAAUUAAACGGUGUACAAAUACAUGAUUCUGAAGCAGAUGACGCAUCGAUUGCAGUUAAUGAAGGCAACACCAACGGUCGCAAUACCCAAGAAAGUCUUAUAGAAGGUAUUGUGAGUAGUGAAGCUGAAAAAGACUCACAAGAUGCAAGUGUAACUUUAAAAGGAAACGGGGAUCUUAUUACUGUCGAUAAUCAAAUAGAUCCCGAAGUAACUGAACUAAUUAAUACGGGCAAUAUGGAAAUGCUGGCGACGUUAGUAUUAAAUGGCGAAGGAUCGAGACUUAUUGGCAGAUAUUCCGAUAAUUUGGAAAUUCAAGCAUUUCUGGAAAAUGUACCGACUUACAUGCAAAAGAUAAACAAAGUGCAUUUGGCUGCCAAAAAUGGAAAUAUAAGGGAACUACAAGCGGCGUUAGAUAGACGGAAAUUUGCAAUAGCUCGAGAUCCGAUAUCUGCAAAUGGCGCUACGCCUCUUCACGUAGCAACGGUUUAUGGAAAAACAAAUAUUAUAAAAUAUUUAGGGGGACGUUUUCCAGAGACUCUGUCUGCGGUCGAUUUUGAAGGUCGAACGGCUUUACACUACGCGGCUGUUUUACCAGACAACGGCCAUUAUUAUAAUUUACUCCAACAACUUGGCGCCAAUUCUAAGGAUUUGGAUGAUAAUGGUCAAUCUGCUGAUGAUUACUAUAAAAACCCCAAUUUGCUACCAUUUAAUCACCUUUUAACUGAUUUCGGUAUCGGUGAAGAAGAAAUAAAAGAAAUGUUUUCUGAUAAAGACGCGAGUCACGCAGCGAACGGCCAAUUGGACAUUCCCAUCUUUCACACCGAAGAGGGCAGAUACCUCGCUAAGUCUCUCGGCGAUCCUUUGAUCAAAGGUCUGACCGAGGUGGCUAACGUGAAACCGAAAGAUCCGAUCGCGUUCCUCGCAUCGUUCCUUCAUAAUUUCCCUGAUCACGAAAAGCCUCGAUUAGGUACGGCGGAAUCAAACGUGCUGCUAACGAAAGGUCUGCCAGAUAUUGAGAACGACUAUCCACCACCAAACGAGAAUGUGUCUCAGUCGAGGAUGGACACGAAGCCGCUGAACGCGGUGCGUAGUGCGGCGCGGACCACGACGCGGCCCACGCGGCCCAUCGACGUCAUCACCGUGGAGCCGCUGCAGGAGCCCAGCCCGGACGCGCCGGAGGCUGCUCUCACUAGCGCGGAUAGGGACGAACACGGUCAAUCGAUGCUACACUUCGCAGCAGCUCGACCCCAUACAAACAAUGCUCUGUUUCAAUUACUACAAGAAACAGAUGUCAGCAUUGGGUACCGGGAUGAGUUGUAUAGAACGGCAAGAGAUAUCUCCAUACAGGCCAAUGUUCUGGAGAACACGGCGGAAAUUGAUCGCUUUGUCCUUCAUUUGGCGGCUAGAGGCAACAGCGAUAAAAUAAUGGAAUUAUUAUUGCAAGGAUAUGAGCACAUACUAGACGUAGUGGACGAAGAUGGCGUACCUAUCAACGAAGUUAUAUCACAGCGGGGAGAUAGUGAUAUGGCCAACUUACUUGGUUCCAUUCCUACAUUCGAGGAAUCGCGGGAACGUCUCCACGGGGCAGCGAGAAGCGGUGACGUAUCGUUAGUCCGGGAGAUCCUCUCCCGUGACGGCGGGGCCACUUUAGCAAGGGCACAGAACUCCUUCGGGAGAACAUCGUUACAUGUAGCUGUACUCGCUCAACAUGAGGACGUCGUUUCUUACUUGGCGGAGACGUUUCCCAAUCUGCUGAAGACUGGAGAUAAUCUGGAAAGAACUCCCUUACACUACGCGAUGGGUGUAGAUAAAAUGGAAUCACUCAGCCGCAUUCUAACUAGAGCUGGCGCCAAACGUGUCCUCAAAGACCUAAAAGGAAGACAGCCGACAUACUAUUUCAUGAACAAAUCCGAUAUAUUACGACUAAAGGAGGAAGAAGAAAUGUAUUAGAAAAUUGCAACAAGUUCUUACAUCAAUAAAUCGUCUUAAAAAAUCAUAACGAAUUAAAAUUGAGUCAUAAUAAGCAUAAUACAUUGUAGCGCUGAUAUUGUUGUCUACCCUAUCAUUAUGUUCCUUGAAACGAAAAAAAUAAAAUUACAUAUAUAAUACCUCGAAACUGAACAUGCUAUCUAAGAAAACUACAACCAUAUUGCCCCCCCUUGUUCAUUCAGCUUAAAAACUUUUGCUUAUAAUAUGAGAUAUUGAAGUUUGAAGUUUUAUAAAAACAAUAUUUUUGUGUUACCACAAAUCCUGCAAUAUAUUAUUUAUUGCUCUGUCAUCUAUGAAACCACAGGAAAAUUGUAAAGCGACCGUCGUAUAUAGGCUUGUUUUAUUUAAAACCGAUAAAUUAAAAAAUAUCUAGUAAGUACUUGCACUAAAUGUUUGCUUAGAUUGUGUUUCAGCUAUUACACUGAUUUUAACAUCGUUACAUACUAAUGAAAAUAAAGUAUAAUUCGUAAACAAGUAUUUCAUAAGUAAAUCUCAAAAUCAUAAUGUAUGUAUGAACUGUUUGUGUACUUGAAGGGACCCUGAUAUGAUUGUUAGUUUAGAUGUUUAGUGGUAUAAGAAUUGAUUUU